AACGCCGGAGCGGAAGUCGUGCAUGUCCUCCUGCGGCUCUUCACCAUUACUACCAGACAGGGGCAGAAGGCUCUCCCCCGGAACUCUGCAGCCGCAUCGGCUCUGAUAAUUUCAACAUCGGGGUUCGGUCCAACAUGGCGGCUUACGGAUGGAAAUACUGAUGACAGUCCGAAAGAUCGCCUCGAUUUGUACGAUGGGCGCCAAUGCCUCUGCCUUGGAAAAGGAGAUUGGACCGGAACAGUUUCCCGUUAAUGAACACUACUUCGGAUUGGUCAACUUCGGGAACACCUGCUACUGUAACUCGGUGCUGCAGGCGCUGUAUUUCUGUCGGCCGUUCAGGGAGAAGGUGUUGGCGUACAAGGUGCAGCCGCGUCGUAAGGAGUCCCUCCUCACCUGUCUGGCCGACCUGUUCAACAGCAUCGCCACGCAGAAGAAGAAAGUCGGAGUCAUCCCUCCCAAGAAAUUCAUCUCGCGGCUGAGAAAAGAAAAUGAGCUGUUUGACAACUACAUGCAGCAGGACGCCCACGAAUUCCUCAACUACCUCCUCAACACCAUCGCCGACCUGCUCCAGGAGGAGAAGAGCCAGGAGCGGCAGCAGAAUGGCAAACUGGUGCAGAAUGGAGGAGGAGGUGGUGGAGGAGGAAGUGCAGGAAGUGAGGGAGGUGGAGGUGGAGGUGGAGGUGGAGGAGAAGGGGAAGGGGGAAAGGAGACACAACAGACCUGGGUCCACGAGAUCUUCCAGGGAACGCUGACCAAUGAGACGCGCUGCCUCAACUGUGAAGCUGUGAGCAGCAAAGACGAGGACUUCCUGGAUCUGUCGGUGGACGUGGAGCAGAACACCUCCAUCACACACUGUCUCAGGGGCUUCAGCAACACGGAGACGUUAUGUAGUGAAUACAAAUACUACUGUGAGCAGUGUCGCAGCAAACAGGAAGCCCAGAAGAGGAUGAGGGUGAAGAAGCUCCCGAUGAUCCUCGCCCUCCACCUGAAGCGCUUUAAAUACAUGGACCAGCUGCACCGCUACACCAAACUGUCCUAUCGCGUCGUCUUCCCCCUGGAGCUCCGCCUCUUCAACACGUCCGGGGACGCCACCAACCCCGACCGCAUGUAUGACCUGGUGGCUGUCGUUGUACACUGUGGAAGUGGUCCCAACCGCGGACACUACAUCACCAUCGUCAAGAGCCACGGCUUCUGGCUGCUGUUUGAUGACGACAUCGUAGAGAAAAUCGACGCGCAGGCGAUCGAGGAGUUCUACGGUCUGACGUCGGACAUUUCCAAGAACUCUGAGUCGGGAUACAUCCUGUUCUACCAGUCCAGAGACUGAACCAGCCAGCGGCAAAUCCCCAACAGACUGUCACUCAACAGAGGGGGGAGGCACUCAUGGCUGCCACCGGCUCCGCCCAGUACGCUCACAUAAGUAUCCAGGCUUUAUUCCCUGUAGGCGGAGCUUUGCACUGGAGCGCCACUCGGAUCGGUUGAGACGUGUUCAGGUCGCAUGCCAGCCUCCUGGAUUAAUGACCGUUCAAAUGGUCUGAGCCCACACUGCAAAAACAAAGCACCUUAACAAAACAAAAAGGCGGCUGAAUCCGUAUCACUCUCUGCUUUGCACUGGGGCAUCAGUGACGCCAAUCCAAGAGGCUGACAUCGCCGUGUGCACAGCGGUCCAUUUUCGGAGGUAAAAGCAGUUUGAGGGGAUGCAGAGUAAUGACACACUCAAGCAACUUCUGAUUGUAACCCUCCAUCGGUGUCAUCACGGUCUUCUUUAAAAGUUUUUUGCGUGCAUAUUAAAACCGUGCUAAAUUAGCCUUUAUGCUAACACACAGGUACCAUACGUUCAACCCCAGAAAACGCCCCCCCCCCAAAAAAAAAUCAGUCCUCUCACAGCAAAACCACCAAUGCAACCUUUAAGGAUUGAAGAGCGCGAUGACGCAGUUGCUUCUUUGCAGUGUUUGUAUCAUUAAGUGGUGCUAAUGCUAAUGCUAAUAGCAGCUAGGCUAGUGUUAAAUGGCCAGGUGUGAGAUGAAAAGCAGCCACCGACAGAUGUUGAUGAAUCUGAAAAGAAGGGCUCAUUAUUUUAGUUUUUACAUGAGAAACAUUUCAAAGAAUGUAUUUUAUUUAUGGUAAAGCUGCCAUGUGUGAGAAUUCAAGUUAAAACAUUUAAAAUAUUACAGAAAUUACCAACAGAAUGGGAGGAAAGUGCAGUUUUGACCAGCGAUAUUUACUGUUAGCAUGUUAACUAGCUAACCCUGGCCCAAAGCUUCUUUGCUAGCGAUGUAAACACCAACGCUUCCAUACUGCUCUGAACUCCCAUACUUGUCUGCUAGCUACAUGGCUAACUGAGCUAACUAGCUGAUGGCAGCUACAGCUAGCGGUUACUUUAGUGAUAUCCUUUGGGUAUGAAUUUUGAAAGAUGGUCAAUUCUUACAUGCAGCACCUUUUUUUUAAAAUAUGUAAAUAAAUGUAAUAACAGAAGUCUAAAAGUAUUAGCAUUGAAGCGCGUUCUGUUUUAUUAAUUACAUCAACAGACGGCCUUGUUUUCUGUCCAGAUGUGCUCGUUUUCAACAAAACAAAAAAAAAGGUAAAAACCAAAAACAAUGAGCCUUACAGAUCAUUAACAGUGCUAGCCGGCUAAGCAGUGAGUAAAAUGUUUUGAGGUUCCUGGUGUGUCGUGCCAUUACGGGUCAUGUUUGGUGCCACAGUGCGUGCAGUCGGGCGAUUUAAACAACAUAAGCUAACUUCUUUCAAGCAGACUUUUUCAUGGUUUUGACAGUAAGCACAGCCUCCUUUGCGUUUUUUUUGCUUUCAAAAGGUUUGUGUUGUUUUGACUUUUUUAAAAAUUGCCAGAUUAUGCACAUUUGUACCAUUUUUAAAGGGACACGUGUUGAGAAAAGUACUUUUUUUCUUUUCCUUGAAGUCAUUUCUGACAUGCAGACUGUCACACUACGUACAGGUUGAAUGUUUGUGUUCAGUUUCCUUCUUGUUUCCUUUAUCAAAGCUUUAUUUCUGAACGGCGAGCUGAACCCUUCUGUACUUAGCUGCAGCUGGUUAUGUCCAUCUCGUAAUAACAGCCACCAAUCACAAAAUUUGACUCCGGCUUAAGUGUUUCUCCUGCAGCUGCAGCUCUGGCAGGCAGUCAGAGCUUUUUACAUAACAUGUUUUUCACUCCAGAAUCUUUAAACUGGAGCCCUCGGUACCGCUGAGUGAUGCUAACAGUCUGCUGAUGUGGAGCGUGUCCACUGUCGGUCGACGACACGAUAUAUUUAAUGCAGUAAGACGGUCUCUGGUGUGUUAGUCCGAGCAGUUUAAAAUGGAUUCCUCUCCUCUGAAUCUCUUAAAAUCCAAUUUGACGGAACAGCAAAGACUUUGAGGCUGGUCCUGUUUUUAAGAAUAUUAAAGUUUAAUUAAUUAAGUACAUGUAAGAAAUAAAAAAGCUCAACAUUUAAAGCUUCUCCAGCGUGAGACUACUCUCCUCCCUCGUUGUUGUUAAUUCAAACCCUCUCAGAUGAUUUGGGAAACAAAUCAAUUAAUUACAUAAAAGACAUUUCAAUAAAUAGCGAAAAUAAUCAUCAGUGUUUAUAAGAAACUUCUGUAAUAACUAGAAAUCUUCAAGUAUCAGGUUUAAUUUGCUCCUGGAGGUCUUAAUCAGAUAUUUAAUGUCUGCAGUCGUGCUGCAACAGGCAACUGCUUUCAUUAUUGUGUUGUUUUUUUUUAAUUAUAAACCCAUUAAAACAUCUCAGAACUGAAGCAGAUGUUAUCAAGAAAGGGUUGUUUUGUUCAAUAACCAAUCAAAUAUGAAUUUGUCAGUGAUAGAAGACAGAGAAGAACGUCACAUCCUCACAUCUGAGAAGCUGAAGUCUGUAAAUGUUUGCUCCAGAUCGCACUUUAACAUUUAUCUGAUGUUUAGAAUAUUGUUUCUGAUCAGUUAAUCGACUAAUGCUUUCAGCUAUCAUCUCUGAAUGAUUGUGAGGAAGAGUCGAGUCUUCACUUUAAACAUUAAGCUGUUUUUAUGAGCGGUGUAUCAUUUCACCCCUGAGGGUAAUUAAUGCUUUCAAAUGGGUUUUGAUUGAGAAACAGGAUCCAUUUUACCGCCUGUACUCGUCUCGUUAACUCCAGCCUGCUGACGGGCGACGACCUCCCUCCUUCUUCACCUCCGUUGUUUUCGUUAAACGCACAAACAGACCAAAUGUAGGUUGUUGGGUUUUGUUUUGUUUUGUUGAGUAUGUUUUUCACUGCCAAGCUCGGGAGGCUCCGCCCGUCUGGGCUCUCCAAGCGUAACAAGCAAGCUCACCCCUCAUCCCUCUUUGUACCGGAGCUGCGACAGAUGGAAAGCGAAUGGAAACAUGCCGUCUGCAGCCUGUAAGGUGUUUAUAUUCUACAGUAGUUGAGUGGCCUGGGCAGCGGGUCAAGUAUUAUCUGAAUGUCAAAAUGUACAGUAAAAUAAAAAAUAGGGCUGCUGCUUGACCUGUAAAACACCGUGUGGAGUCGGGCUCGUCUCAAGGAUCUGAAGUUGUUCUCUCUCGCCUGCUACGACAAGAAAAGAGCUUUCAACACAAAGUACUUUAUUCUGAAAGAUUGUUCAUUUCCUGUCAAGUGUUUCAUUUUGAUGCCCAAGACCAAAAGUAGUGGAGAUCAGGGUAAUGUGUUUGGAUAUCUAGGCUUGCCUGUUUGUGGGUGCCAGGAGACGUUUCUACUGAACUGAUUCCAAAGUUUUCGUCCUAUUAAGUCAUUUAGACCCAGUUUAGAACCCUUAUCGUACCCUGUUAGUUACUUAAAUCAAAUUUAGAACAAUUUCUGUAACCUACUAAUAAUUUAGAACCAUUCUUUUACCCUGUGAGUCACUUAGACCCAAAUUAGACCCAUUUUUGUACCCUAUUAAAUCAUUUUUUGACCCAAUUUAGAACCCUUUCUGUACCCUAUAACUCAUCUAGACCCAAUUUAGAACCCUGUUUGUACCCUACUAAUAAUCUUCUACCCUGUGAGUCAUUAAGACCCAAAUUAGAACCCUUUUUGUACCCUAUUAGUCACGUAAACUCAAUUAGAACCCUUUUUCAGUCUUGUUAAUCAUUUAAAUCCCAAAAUAUGUCCAAAAAACAAAAUGGCGCCAGUGUUUAGCAGUACUGGAAUAACCCUUUAAAAACAAGACCCUGAUUCAAACUGACUGUAAUGGAUGAAACCUUUGUUGUUGGAUCCGUUCUGUAUUUCAGAACCCCACCAGCAAUCUGAGUCAUAUCCAAACUCAUAACGUCCUGAUUUUUUGAUGACGUUUUGGAGUUAAACGUCCAUCUCACUUAAAGGUUUCAAAACGACAGAAGGAAAGGGAGCAACUUCAGGCGAUGACGACGUGUCCCGAACACUUCCCUUCAUUCACUGGGUUGAGACUUGAAGUCAACACUAGUUUUGUUUUUCUUUCUCCCCGUCUGUGCUGCUCUUAAACUCCACUAAUCUACAUAAAAAGGAAGGAAUUGUUGUGCGGUGUUGAAUCUGUUUGUUUUUUUUAAGGGGUCGAUCCACUUCCAUCGAGUUUUUUGGAAUUCUGAAAAAGUUGUUUAAUGGUUGCAAAUGACUUGAAUGGCAGGUUUAUACCCAGACGACAACAGGAACUGUGGACUCCUCUCGUACGGAAUGAUGUGUUCACAUUUAAAGCUUUUUAAAAAGGAGAAUUAACUGAAGUAUAACGGAACAAAAACAAGCACAAAGGCGCAUUAUUUGAGGGAUUAAAAGUCCACAGAUUCAGUUUGGAGCUGGUUAUGAUUCUGUCUCGAUUAAAUGCAGUUUCAUGUAAAUGUCAAAGUUUUGGAAACCCCACGUUGAAACAGGCUCUUUUUUUUAUUUAAAUCUAUUAAUAUUAUAAUGAAUGUUUAUGUUAUCUUCUUUUUUUCUUAGAUGUUUCACUUGUUUUUUUGAUAUAUUUCACUAAUUCUGCUCGUUUGCCACUGUUGCGCAGGCGAGCUUUGGAUAUUUUGAAGGUUAUUUUUUUUUGAGGGUUUUAAUUUGGGGAGUAUGUGACGAGAGAUGUUGAUGUGUACAUAAAUACAGAUGUUAUUAUUGGAAUAUAAAUACGUGCUUGCUUGAAAUAAUAAGCAGAUCUAGAUUAAAAGAAGAAGAAAGAAAACAGUUAGCGGACGUUAUAUCUCUAAAUACUUUUAUUCUGAUAGCGAAUCGAAACGCCUGGUGUUUAAGAAAAUAAAAGCCCAACUGAUCUGGAGACCCAGGCAGCCUAAAAACCAAACAGUCCCAAAGAUAAUCACAGUUUAAUACACCAACAUCUGUCUGAUUUCAUGAAGAUACACUUGAAGGAAAAACUGCUGUGCAGAAAGUAACCGACCAGAAACUGUUGUGUAUGUGUGUGUGCGUGUUGCCGCGUUAAAGGAAAAAUCCACUUUUAAAAAAACAACCAUAGGUGAGUUUCUCUCAGCCUGUUACAUAAUUUAGGGUUCGAUCUUGUUUUGUUUUCUUAAAUGAUCAAAUGAAGACGACAAAAGGCGCGCUACGUAGUUUUUGAGAAGAAAUUCAAAAUCAGAUUUUCAAUAUUUACAAUUUUAAUGAGGCAGUCAAACUCAUAAAUAUUUAUCUAAACAAGCUGUUGUCAGAGGAAAGUAAGGUCCUAAGAACACUGCUUGAAGGUAGCGAGGUGGCAGGGUCCGCCAUGAUAUAGUUUGUUCACUCAGUUAAUUCAGUUAUGAAAACAAAGAGUUUGUUUAUUUCGUUUAAGAUCUUUCUCUUCUGAUUCAAAAUAUCUUCCCCAAAACUACACAAUGCACCUUUUAAACAGAUAAUUACAAAAUUAUGAAAUGAAAGGAACUAAAAUUAAACUUUUAACUGCACAGGAUUCCUUCAAAACCUGCACAUUUUAUCCCAUAUUGUCCGACUCGCCUUAUUAGCUAACGAGUAAAUGAUUCUUAAAAAGCAGCACGUUCAGGCCUCUACGGAGGAUUUCAGAAAGGUAUCAUGGGAAGCUCAACGAGUCUCUUUAAAUAAUACAAACUGACGUCUUUGGGUGGAUUUUUCCUCUAACAGUAUUAGUUCUGACCUCCAGAAAUGUCCCCUCAGGGCUUCGGUGGUCCACGUCACUCCCUCCCCCUUCUCGGACUCACCAAGAAUGUAAAUGUUUUGAACCCAGUGUGUGACGGACGAACAAACGCUGACUGAAUGUCUCAUUAACACUCCGAUAUUGUACGUUUGAAGCCGGUGUGAGAAAAGCGGCAGCGACCUCGGAAGCAACCCGGAGAAACAUCCAGCGUCUCUGAUCUGUGAAUCUGAGUUUGAUUAUUUUGAGAAAGUACGUCAUAUUUUUACUGAUCAAGACGAACAGAAAGACCUCGUCUGGAUUCAUAUUCAUAUAAAUCAAGGUGGUGGAGUCUUUUCUGAAAGGCCUGCCCUCGUUCUGGCAGCCGUCUCAGACAGAACCGGAGUGUUUUCACUCUGGGUUUUUUUUUUUUUCGUGGCAGACAUUUAAUUGGCCCUGAAUCUGCACAGAGUCUGAGGAUCCUCGUUCGGAGCUACGAGCAGAUCUGAAAGGACACAAAAAGAAAAAAACUGAAUGUUUCUCCUCAGAGUUGUUUUGCGGAGGCUGCCGCCGCCGCCGCACACGCUGCUGUCUGAAGUUCAAUCUGAAUACAUGUAGAUGCAGUGAAAGUUUGGUAAAUGACGGCUGGUUCUGAUGGCGUCCAAACUGUUUGAAAUAAAAACACAAACUGGUUUUGAAGAUGGAAUAAUCCA